GUUUCCGAGAUCUUGGGCGGGCAUGGAAGUGGCCGUCGCGGCGUACGUUGCGCAGUUUGGAACUAUCGAGGGUAUCAUGGUCCUGGAGAAAGUCAGUCAGCAAUGGAGACGGUGGGCGAGACACCAUCGCUUAUGGCGCGACCGAUUCCGUCGCAUGUAUUACGAUGAGUUUGCAUUCCUUGUGGGCGACCAAGGCGAGCAUGCUGACUCGCAAGAGUGGAGGUUGUUGUGCGUCCAACACAACAUGGACUACUCAUGCGGAUACCACUUGGGUGCACCACAACAGGACGAGGCAUCCAUGCUGCGAUGGAUCUUUGUCACACGACAGGCAAUCAACCGAAUGUCGAGAAAUGUGGCGGAUGUAUUAGAGUCGUCGCCACCAGAGUGCAAACCGCUGGAUGAAGCCACGUAUUGGCAGCGUUCCAUGGAGCACCUGAAGCGUCUACAAGACAACGUGGGCGAGUGGACGGCUGGGGAGGGAGGCCGCCACGAGCUCCAUGCCAAGCUCGCGGACCACGUGCAGACCAUCAAGAAGCUGCACCACCAAGCGCAGUGGAAUGCCAAAUACUUCAAAGUCCUAGAGAGCCCGUUUCGAGCGAUUCUGUUCACCGACAUGAAGCACGUCCCGUUUGUCGUGACGCCGAUGAUCAAGACGCUGAAAAUGAUGUGGUUGUCGAGCAAGUACUACAACGAUUGCUUCAAGAUGGGAGGGUUGCUCGGUCGUAUUGCACACGCACUGAGUGUUCGUGUGAGCCGCGCCAUCUCGAUCACGGCGCUUCUCCACGGCGACGGCGACUUCCAAGACACGAUCGACAUGGUGGAAUGCGCCGGCGUGAUGCUGGAACGAUGGCACCAAGUUUACGAUCCGUCGUCGACUGUGUGGGGCCCGUUCGACAUGUACAUGCUCUUCCAUCGGGUCGACUUCGUGGCUCAGCGGUGCUCCGAAGUGCGCAGCGCGCUCGUCCUCCUUCGACAAAUUCGGACGGUCCUGAUCGAGAAAGUCCAGAAUUCCGACGACGCGAGCCAGAUAGAUGAGUUCGAGGAGAUGCUGCGGUCGAUGGACACUGACUUGCGUCGCCACUGGGAAGGCAUCGACGACUUGUUUGCCGACGAGCACUCGGCAGCGUGGGCGCACGGCAUACAGAGUUUGAGAAGCCACUCGGACGCCCUGCUCCAAUUUGUCCAUCGGCUCCAAGACAAAAUACCUAUUUAUUGA